AUGCUCGCGAAGACGUCCGCCGAAGCAUGGGACAAGCUCCUGUCGAGGUACGAAGGGAAGGGAAAGCAGACGAUAGCGACGCUCAUUGGGGAGCUUUUCCGCGGUACGCUCUCCGACGAUGAUUCGCUCGAGACACAGCUCGACGCCAUGCAGCUCAAGGCUCGCCUGCUUGAGCAGCUCGGCCAGACUCUCGACGACUCACUCGUGGCCAUUGCCAUGGUCACAUCCCUCCCCGCCUCCUACGCCACUCUCCGA